AGUUAAUUUUUGGUCUCCAUUUAAAAGCUCCUCUUCGUAUCUUCGUCUUCCUCGUCUCUUCCACUCUCUCUCUCUCUAUGAGUUUUUUAAGUCGCCAUUAAAGAGCUCCUCUCCUCAAGCUUUCCUUCGUUCCUCGCUCUCUCUUUCUCUCUCUCUUCGUGUCGCUUAUUCUUGGUCAUUUAAGCAUCUCUUUGACGUUAUACCCCUCUUCCUCUCUCCAGAAACGAUUUUAUUCUCCGCCAUGAGAUCCUGUGAGCCAUGUUUCUUCUUCUCCUUCUCUCUCUGUGUCAAUGCUGAAGGGAAGAGGUGGUGCUUUGUCUUUUUGUGAGAUCUGUAUGCGAGCGGGCUAGAGAGAGGGGAGUGCCCGAGAGGAGAGGGAGAGGGAGAGGGAUCAAAGCGCUAGCUUCGGUGGAAGGAAGGAACAAGGGGAGCUUCUGGCGCGAUGAAGCAGGAGGCUCGGCUAGAUUCGCUGGUGUUCCAUCUGACGCCUACCCGAACCAGGUGUGAUCUGGUUAUUGUUGCAAAUGGUAAGACGGAGAAGAUUGCAUCUGGGUUACUGAACCCUUUUCUCGCGCAUCUGAAGACUGCUCAGGAUCAAAUUGCCAAGGGUGGUUACUCUAUUAAACUUGAACCAGACCCUAAAAUCGAUGCAGUAUGGUUUACCAAGGGCAUUGUGGAGAGGUUUGUUCGUUUUGUGAGCACGCCCGAGGUUCUGGAGCGGGUGACCACCAUAGAGUCCGAGAUCUUGCAGAUUGAGGAGGCAAUUGCUAUUCAGAGCACCGACAAUCUUGGCUUGAGCACCGUGGAAGAUCAUCAAACAAAACCAGUAGAGUACACGGAAGGUAGCAAGUCCACAUUUGAUGCUGAUGCAGAAAAGGCAAUAGUUCUUUACAAGCCCGGGUCACAACCACAUCCAUCAGAUUCAAAUGGAUCCGCACCACAGGAGGAGAAUUCAAAAGUUCAACUCUUGAGGGUACUUGAGACCCGCAAAAUCGUAUUGCAGAAAGAGCAGGGUAUGGCCUUUGCACGUGCUGUAGCAGCUGGUUUUGACAUGGAUCACAUGGCACAAUUGAUAUCAUUUGCUGAGUGCUUCGGAGCAUUGCGUUUAAUGGAAGCGUGCUUAAGAUUUAUGGAGUUAUGGAAGAGAAAGCAUGAAACUGGACAAUGGGUUGAAGUUGAGGCUGCAGAAGUAAUGUCUGCCCGAUCUGAAUUUUCUUCUUUGAAUGCCUCGGGGAUUAUACUUUCUGGAGAUUCUAGGAAACAGAAAGAAUUUGGCGACGCAUGGCCUGUCUCCUGUGGGGAUAUGGGCACAGAGAGCAAUGGGACAACUGAUAGAAAGAUCCAUUCAGAUCCGCAGGUUCCAUUGGGACCCAAUGAGUAUUACCCAGGCCAUUUUCAGCAUCCUAUACAUCCCCAAUGGCCUGUGCAUUCUCUGGCAGGUCCGCCCCUCUUUCAACUUUAUCCUAUGCAAGGCAUGCCAUAUUAUCAGAAUUAUCCAGGGGGUGGUCCAUCUUUCCACUCCCCAUAUUCUCCAGUGGAGGAUCCGAGAUUCAACACGCCUCAAAAAACAUGGCAGAAGAGGCAUUCCAUGGAUAGUAAAGAUAGCAAUACCGAGUUGGAGGCAUCAGAAAUGGGUGGUUCUGGUACAAGAUCACAGGAUGGUGCAGAUCAAAAUAUAUCAGAGUUUGAGAAAGAAGGUUCUCAUGGUCGUGAAUCACAUAAAAGGAUUGGCCGUUCAGGAAAGAAAAAGUCUGGUGUGGUUGUCAUUCGGAACAUAAAUUACAUUACAUCAAAGAGGCAUGACACAUCAGGAAGUGAAUCAGUAUCAGCUUCUGAUAGUGAAACUGAAGAGGAAAGCGAAGAUAUGUCUGAUGACCAUUACAGGAAGCAUAAGAACUCUUCAAGAACUUCAAAGAGAAAUGAGGUUCAUGUCAAAUCUAUGGAAUCUUUAGAUGCAUAUGCCAAGGAUGAAAUCACUUAUGGACCAGAGGCAGAUUCUGAAAACUGGCAGGCAUUUCAGAGUUACUUGUUGAGAGCUGAAGAGAAGGCAAGAACUGUUGAUGGGGACAUCUUUGCUAGUGAAAAAGAGCCUCCAAUCAAGAGAAAACAGAACAAUGGUGAAGGCGAUCCUAUCCUUCUUCCUGAAAGAGAUUCUGGUAAUGUGCGGGAUCAGAGGAUGGUAGGAUUAGAUUCACUUAAUGGUAAGGCAAUCCGGAUGAAGCAGAUGGCUUCAAAUGAUGAAUUAUUAAUUUCAAGUGAAGGAAAAGGCUUAAUAGAUAGCCAGCUAAAAGAAAUAGAAGGGGGAAGGGGAGGAUAUAGAAGUGUAACCAGUGAUGAUUUCAUGAUUUAUGGACGAGAAAAGCAAAUGAGCAGUAAGAAUUCUUCAGACCCACUUGUUGAUCUGCAAUAUGAACUUGAUAAAAAUUUGGAUAAGAAAUCCUCGUAUAAUGGUACAGAUGAGUCCUUCAUUGUUCCAUUUAGGUCAGGCUCACAAGAUCAACUUGGACAAGAUGGCAGAACUGCUAUUGACAUAGAUUCUGAAUGCCCUCCAGCUCUGCAUAGAACUGAGGACUCUUCUAGUAAGCCUAAAAAUCAACUCACUUAUGAACCGGAUGAUUUGAUCUUACUGCCUGAGCGUGGGAUGGAGAGUGUAUCCAUUGGUUAUGAUCCUGCUAAAGACUAUGAUAUCCAGAUUCCUGUUGAAAAUGCUGUCAAAAUUGAAACCAGAAACAAUGAGGAUGUCUCAACAAGCACCAAAGAAGAGUCAAAAAAUUCAGACAAGGACAAAAAGUCAAAAGUUUCACAGAGUAAAUUGGAGAAAAAGAAAAAGGAUGCACUGAUGAGGAAAGGGACAUCCUCAAAGAUGAAUCCACCGGCUGAAGCACAAAAACGUGCAGAGAAACUGCGGGCCUUCAAAGCUGAUCUUCAGAAAGCAAAGAAAGAGAUGGAAGAGGAAGAGAUAAAGCGAUUGGAAGCUUUAAAAAGAGAAAGACAAAAGAGAAUUGCUGCUAGGGGUAGUUCGAAUGCCACUCAGCCGCCAUUGACCCCCCAACAGAGCAAAUCUCGAUUGCCGAAAAAGCUUUCUCCAAGUUCUUACAGAGGAUCAAAGUUUAAUGACUCGGAUCCUGGAUCUUCACCUUUACAAAAGCUGCCUACCAGAACCUCUUCGGUUGGGUCCAACGAUUCUCAGAAAAUCACAAGAACUAGCAAAUUAAAUGGUAGUAGCCAUGGAUUAAGUCGGUCAGUGUCAUCAUUGUCUGAGAUGAAGAAAGAGACUGGUAAUUCCACACCAGAAGCAAAGACAGCUUCUGUUCAAACUAGAAGACUUUCUGAUCCCAAAGGUAGUAAUGUUCGGCACACUUCCUCGCUAAAAUCAGUUACCAGUGCUGAAGUACCAAAGAUAGGCAUACCUGAUGAGCCACAAAAAAGGAUCUCUGCACUAAUGCAACUGGACAAAAGCAAGUUAGCAACUCUGCCAGAGCUGAAGGUUAGAACAUCAAAAGGCCCUUCCAAUAUGGUCCAAAACAAGUCAGCUGCUAAAGAGACAUCACAAAAAGGAACUGUAAGCCGAACUUCUCAAUUUUCUGACACCAUCCAUGCAAAAAGGAUUAAUAACAAGGCAUCAAGGCUCAGCAACAGUCAUGACAAUUUAGUAAUUGAGAAGACAGUUGUGAUGCUCAAAAAUGAGGUUCUUUCAGCUCCUGCUGUUCAAGCAUUUGAAGCAGUGAUAGGCAUAGAAGAUAGAAUGCAUGGAGAUGAUAAAAUAGAGACGGUUGGGCUGAAUUCAGAAUAUGGAGCUAUCCAUGCUCCACCUUCACCCAUAAUCGUAGGCGAAGUUGAGAAUUCCAGUGAACAUGAGUUGGAUGAGCAGCUGAAUUCCGAUGAGGUGGUUAUUGAUUACUCAAAGGAGGAGCCUCAGAAGUUCUCAAACUCUACAGUCAUAGAUAAGCCUUAUCAAGCUCCCUAUGCUGGAACAACAUCCUUUGAGGAUUCCACUGCCGAUAAUGUAGAAUAUGCUCAAGUACUGCCUGUUCGAAACUCUGAAAUGGAUAGAAUGCCCAAUGAGAGUAUUGAGGCAUGUGUGUCCAGUUUUGCCAUGGACUCGAAUUCAGUAGAUCAUACUCAGGAGUCGCACAAGGAGCCUCGGAGCAAAGAAACAAAAGGUUUUAGAAAGUUAUUAAAAUUUGGAAGAAAGAGCCACAUCUCAGCAACAGGUGAGGGUAACCAAGAUUCAGAUGCAUCGUCUAUAGAUGAACACGCUAUAGCUGCUGCUUCGUUAAAUGAUGUUCAUAUGCUGAAGAAUCUCAUUUCCCAAGAUGAUAGCCAUGCUGGAGGCACUCAAACUAAAGUUUCUCGCCCCUUCUCCAUUCUUUCACCCUUCCGCAGCAGGAGCAGCGACAAGAAGGUGUCUGCAUGAUAAGCUAAUUCCUACAAUUCAUGCGAGGUAAGAUGCAUGUUCUAUCAAAAUAUGGCUGAGAGGUUUUGGUAAUUGAUUGGUUAUUUGCCGCUGUCUUGUAAACAAUAAUGUAAAAUUUGUGCUUGCGAAAAUUCAUUUCUUUUUGUUGAUGCCGGCUUUUGUAAUGAUCAACAACUAUAAUAUUGGAUCUGUUAGCACUUGAAUUGUACUCCGUUGUUGUUUUUGUGUUUCA